UCCCACUACCGCAUCCCUCUUUACCCUCUCUCUCUUCCGUUUCCAACUCACCACCAUCCGCCAUGGACCCACCACCACCUCCUCAACCUCCCCCACCGUCCUCCACCGCCGCCACCCCUACUAUCUACCCGGAUUCCGUCGAAUCUUCCCCUCGCUCCCGCAACACCGACUCCAACUUCUUCGACGACCCACCACUCCCUCUCUCUUCAAAACUCCGCCUCAUGUGCUCUUAUGGCGGCCACAUAGUCCCUCGCCCACACGACAAGUCGUUGUGUUACGUAGGGGGCGAUACCCGCAUCGUUGUCGUCGACCGCCACUCAACUCUCUCCUCACUCUCAUCUCGCCUCUCCAACACUCUCCUUAACUCCCGACCCUUCAUUCUAAAAUAUCAACUUCCAAGCGAAGACUUGGAUUCCCUGAUUUCCGUCACUACAGAUGAAGAUUUAGAGAACAUGAUUGAUGAGUAUGACCGGACGAACAGCAACAACGGUCCGAAACCAUCGCGAUUGCGGCUCUUUUUGUUCCCUUUGAAGCCGGAGUCGUCUCAAUCGAUUGGGCCAAUUCUUGAAAACAGUGCGAAAUCAGAAGAUUGGUUCUUGAACGCUUUGAAUGGAGCUGCCGCGGCGGCGGCUGCUGGGUUGUUGAACAGAGGGUUUUCGGAUUCUGCUUCGGUUAAUUGUUUGUUGGGUCUUGAUUAUAAUGAUAGCAGUGAUGGUUUAAAUAAUGAAAGCAAUAGUAAUAAUAACAGUAACGCUGAUUUAGUUGUUGGUGGUGGUGGUAGAGAUGGGGAGGGGUCGAAUAAGGGAGUUGUAAAGCAAGAUGUUCAUUCAGUUCCGGAUUCUCCUAUGUUGGAGACUACGUCGUCGUUUGGUUCGACUUCUUCUUCGCCUUCGCUUGCGAAUUUGCCUCCGAUAAGGGUUCACGUGGAGGAUGGUGGUGGGGUUAGAGAUCAGAAAGUGGUGGGGAUCGAGGAUCAACUUGCUCAAAUGACUGUUGGUGGUGGCCGUGUCGGGCAGAGGCAGGAUGAGGGAUUUGCGGCUCUGUCAUCGCCGCCGCCGAUGCCUGUUUCAAUUGCGGUGUCGAGUGUGCCUGUUGGCGGUCAAAUGGUUGUUGGUGAGUAUCAGAAUCGGGUUUUCUCUGAUGAUGAAAGAUCCGACCACGGGGUUCCUGUUUGUUAUAGAAAGCCGCCGCAGCCACAGCCUCAGACGCAGAUGCAGACUUUGACUCCCCAGAAUCAACAGAGGUCAGGCAGUGGCGGCGGUGCUGCUAUUGAUUUACCUUCUCCAGAUUCAGUUUCAAGUGAUAGUAGUCUAAGCAAUGCUAUAAAUCGACAAAAACCCGUGAUUUAUCAAGACCAAAUUAUGCAAAUCCCAUCUGGAGCGAACAGGGUUGCUGCUAACCCUGUUGAUUCAAAGAUCAAUGCUUUCUCUGAUCCGAACACUAGAGUUCAGAUUCAUCAACAGGUUCAGGAUUCUGGUUAUGUACUGCAACACCAAUUUGAUCAACAGCAACAGCAACAGCAGCAGCAGCAGCAGCAACAACCACAACAACAACAGCAAUAUAUACAUGCUGGUGCUCACUAUAUUCAACAUCAUCCCACAGGAGCAGUGCCCAUGUCGGCAUAUUAUCCUGUAUACUCUCCCCAGCAGCAGCAGCAGCACAAUCACCAGCUUCAGCCUCACAUGGAUUCGCAGUACCCUGUGUACUAUGUGCAGACAAGGCAACCCCAAGCUUACAAUUUGCCUGUGCAACAACCCAGUAUUAAUGAAUCGACAACUACUAGCCGAAAUCAAACACCUCCCAAUCCCAACAUGGCGCCUCCUAGCACUUUCAAUCCCAUGAGAAAUGCUCCCAUUGUGAAACCUGAAUUGGCUGCUUAUAGAACAGCGACUCCAGGCGCACCACAGUUAGUUCAGGUCCCGUCCAGCCAACAUCAACAGCAAUACAUUGGUUACUCUCAAGUUCAUCAUCCAUCUCAGUCUGUUGCCCCUGCUUCUACUGGUACUGCUAAUUAUGGUUAUGAGUUUGCUGAUCCUACUCAAGCUCAGAUAUACUAUGCGCAGCCUAUGGCUCCCGCAAUGCCUCAGUACCAUACCAUGAUGCCAGAUUCUUCAGGGCAACUUUCCAAUGACAACAUGAAGCAGCAGAUCAGAAGUUCACAGCCAAUGUAAGUCAAAUUCAGAGGGGAAAGAAGACACAAUUUUGAAAGAAGGUUCUGUGGUUUAUAUAUUUGACAUUUCUGCUUAGCGUCCGUCUUGGAAUGGUUUUGGUUUGUGUUUAUGUAUUUGUGGUAGAUAAUAAGGAACUCUGCUCGUCUUUACUCUUUCUUGUAUGUCAUAUUGUUACUUUCAUAGGAAAUGAAAGUGGUCUGGGAUUAUACUGUAAAAGCUCGAACUACAUAUAUUGUGUGGUUGUGCAGUUCAUAUAUCAGUUGUUGAAUAAAUAUUUACACAAGUGGUGAGAGCUUUGAAUUAAUUAAA